AUGGGCGAAAACGUUGCUCCUGAAUUCGAUGUCGCCUCCAUGCCCCGGUAUCCUCCAAGCGGAGUAUCAGUUCUGGUUGUCGGUGGCGGCAUCGCUGGACUAGGCUUCGCCAUCGAAGCCUACCGGAAGGGUCACGAAGUGAAAAUCAUCGAGCGUCGUCCAGACUUUCACGAUUAUGGUGACCUUAUCGCAAUUCAGGAGUCUGCACUUCACAGCCCGAGCCAUUGGCCAGGCUUUCUGGAGACGUGCCGCAAUUCUCCAUUCCCUGGAACUGGCCAUGUUCACAAGUAUGAUGGGACAUUCCUCGGUACCCUCAAGUUUCCUCUUUCCUUGGCCAGGUCUACGUUCCAUAACCUGCUCCAUAAUUACACCGAGAAGCUUGGAAUCGAGAUCAAGUUGUCGACCCUAGUCACCGACUACUUCGAAACAGAUGAGCAUGCAGGCAUUGUCCUCGAAGAUGGCAGCAAGCUCACGGCGGACAUUGUAGUCGCAGCUGAUGGAAUUGGUUCUAAGUCUUGGAACUUAGUCUCGGGUUAUAAGGAAAAGGCUAUUAGCUCUGGCUUUGCCCUCUUCCGGACCACAUAUCCGGUUGAGCGGGCACUUGAGAACCCUAUAGUUGCCGAAAGGUAUAAGGAACUUGGUGAGAGGGCUGAGCUCUACAUUGGACCGGGAGCACAUAUGAUUGCCGCAAAAUCGGAGAAGGACAUGGUGUUUAUGCUUACACAUAAGGAUAAUGGCAGCGCAGAAGAGGAGUGGACUAAGGAGACCCCGGUCGAGAAUGCCCUGCCUUAUGUCGAGGGGUGGGCGCCGCAUGUGUCUGAGCUUAUUAAAGCUGCUCCUAAUGGCAAGGCAGUUGACUUUAAGCUCAUGUGGCGCAACCCCCGGGAGAAAUGGGCGUCCCCUAAUGCCCGAGUCAUCCAGAUUGGCGAUGCGGCGCAUACCUUCCUCCCAACUUCUGCUAGCGGAGCUACGAUGGCACUCGAGGACGCGUUCUCCCUUGCUGCGUGCUUGCAGCUCUCGGGGAAGAGUAAUGCCCCCCUUGCAGUAAGGAUCCACAACCACCUCAGGGCUGAGCGAGUUGCCUGUGCGCAAAGAAUGGGGUUUAAAACCCGCGAGCUCUACCACAACACCGACUGGUCAGUCAUGGACAAGGAUCCUGCACGGCUCCUCCGAAUGGUCGGCUCAUGGGUGAUAAGCCAUGACCCUGAGAAGUACGUCUAUGAUAACUAUGGCAACUGUGCCAAUCACAUCGUUGCGGGGGCACCCUUUAAGAACACUAAUGCCGUCCCGGGAUAUACGUACAAGCCCUGGACGGUCCAGGAGCUCCUAGCGUAUGCGGACCGAGGCGAAUCAAUCGCUGAUGAGGGAGACUGGUCAUGA